AAUAUAUCCUUUAAAUGAUUGGGGUACAAAAGGUUUUAUGAACCGGGUCUAAUUCCGGUUCAGUCAGGUCAAAUUUAUAAAAAAAAACCACUAAAUUUAUCAAACUAUUGUGACCUAAUUUUGCUUUCUUCUUCACGGUUCUUCACUUCCGCCACUGCUAGCUACAAUGGGGAAAGCUAAAAAGGCACCCAAAUUUGCUGUUAUGAAGAAGCUUGUCACUUCCAAAGCAAUCAAAAGCUAUAAAGAAGAUGUUUUGAAUCCAGAAAAGAAGAAAACACCCGACGAAAAGUUACCUAGAAACGUCCCUAAGCCUUCUUCGGCGCUUUUCUUUCAACACAAUACUGCUUUGGGACCUCCUUAUCGGGUUUUGGUGGAUACUAACUUUAUCAAUUUCUCCAUCCAGAAUAAAUUGGAUUUGGAGAAAGGAAUGAUGGAUUGCUUAUAUGCAAAAUGCACUCCGUGUAUUACAGACUGUGUAAUGGCAGAAUUAGAGAAGUUGGGCCAAAAAUAUCGUGUAGCUCUGAGGAUUGCAAAGGAUCCUCGAUUUGAGAGAUUACUCUGUAUUCAUAAGGGUACCUAUGCUGAUGACUGCCUUGUUGGCAGAGUUACUCAGAAUAAGUGCUUCAUUGUUGCAACAUGUGAUCGAGACUUGAAGAGGAGGAUCCGGAAGGUUCCCGGCGUGCCGAUAAUGUACAUCACCAAACACAGAUACUCAAUCGAGCGGUUGCCUGAAGCAACAAUUGGCGGAGCACCUAGAAUUUGAUGCAGUAAAACAGGAAAAGCUAUGCCUACCAAAAAUUUUGACACUCCUUUCUGGGAUUAGAAGAAACCUUACGAUAUGAUGUUUGAUGCUUUUGCUAGCUGGAUUGGAAUCUACUAGAAGCUUGAUACUGAUCAAGACGCAAUUCUGCAACUGUUGAACCUUUAAAUUUCGUUAGUGUAACUUUGUAGAUUUUGUGCUGUCAAACUAUUUUUCGUUUUUACUCUGGUAUUGCCUUGCAAAUGGAUCAAUGUGAACUUACAGAAUACCUAAUUUGUGGCUGAUGGCAUUUUCAUAGUUAUAGAUGUUAGCCUAUUGACAAAAAUACUUCAUUUAUGAUUGGAAAAGAAAAAGAAAAAGAUGUGUUCAUAGA